CACCGAAUCCAAGAUUUUGAGUGUGGGGGAACGUUUUGCUUAUUACCGCCAAAACUGCAAGUUUCAUGCCCUAGUUCAAAAAUUCUCCCGCGUUCUUUGUUGCACCCUUUUUAACACAACCAAUUCACCACUCUCUCCCCCUCUUUCAUCACACUCUCUCCCUCUUUCAUCUGAUCUGAUCCGAGAGUAGCAACAGAUGGCGGGGAAGCAAUCCAAAGUCAGAAAGCCGGAGGUGUUUGGGAAGGGAAAGGUCACGCCUAAUCAGAUUGCUUUCAUCGUUGACAGAUACCUCUGCGACAACAAUUUCUCUUCUACUCGCUCUUCCUUCAGAACCGAAGCUUCUUCUCUCAUCGCCAAUUCACCCAUUCACGAGGCACCGAAGUCUUUGCUGACUUUGGGGGAGAUGCUGGAUGAGUAUAUCUGCCUGAAGGAGCAGAAAGUGAUGUUGGAUCAGGAGCGGGUUGUUGUAGAGCAAGAGAAGAAACGGGUUCAGAUGUUGUUGCAAGGCAUGCAGAAUGUAAUGACUGCUUACAAUGCUAGUGGAAACCUCUCUGCUGCAGCGCCUGCUGCAAAAUCUACAGUUGCAGCUAUUACUCAACCCACAUAUACUCUCAAAUCUCAACCAGGAAUCCACACUUCUGUCCAAAGCAAAUCGAACACGUUGCCACUGCCUCAAUCUAGCAAUUCUAAUGCUCGGAGUGGAAACAUCUCAACACAAACACUGACUGUAUCUGACAGAAAGAGAAAGGAUACCAAAGCUGUGGAUGAUCCAUUGACUGCUAAAAAACCUCGUGGUAGAUCAUCCAAUAGGAAAAUUGUUGUCCAAGGUCAAACUGCUCUGCAACAAUCUGAUAAUGCUGUCAAUACAAUGGUAGCUCAGCCUUCUGCCAUUCAAUCUUCACCUGAGAACUGCAUACCCAGGGAGUCACAACCCCAGGGAUCCAAUGUUGCUAAAUGUUUAUUCAACCAAUCUACAUCUUCUGUUCCAAGUAAUUCACCAGUUCCAAAGACACCUCCUAGAACAAAAUCUUCUCACAGUGAUACACAAAUAUCUCCUGCUGAGAUUUCUUCAGUAGCGGUUACACCCAGUCGAUGCACUGUGAUUUCAACAAAGAGAGUUAUGGUCAGCCCUGCAAAACAGAUGGCUUACAUAGAAAUGAGUCGUUGUAUUUCUCCUGUCAAGACAAAUUCAGAGAAGAUAAAUAAGAGGGAUCAUGUUAGAAGCAGGUUGAACUUUGAUGCUGCUGAUAUGCCUGGGAGCUCGUACAAUCCAUUGUCCAAUGAGAUUUCUACAUCCGAGUCUGAAAAGGAACUGGACAUAUUUGACAUUGAUUUUCCUAAUUUUGAUGCCUUAGGGAUGGACUUCUCCUUCACAGAAAUGUUAAAUGAUCUAGAUUUUUCUUGUGAAGGCAUAGAUUUUUCUUGCCAUCCAACACCAAGUCCUUCAAUGGAUAAUGCUUCAGGGUCAUCUCAUGAAUGCAAUGAUAAUCAUGCUACACCUGAGUUUUCAACUGUGGCUGAAGUACUGUGUGAGAAAGACAUAAAAAUACUAGGCCCUGAUUGUUUGUCUGCAAUGAAAUCUGUCACAAAAAGCAUAACAGUUAUAAGCCCCGAGAAAAAUCACCAGCAGUCUGUGGAUAAGGAAAUUGUACAUAAAAAGUGACUUUGGAGAAUGACUCAGCUUGACUUAUUGAUGCGAGCUCACUGCAGAUGUUUAUAUCUAUUGUUCCAAAGAAUUGUUCGCUGACGUUACACUUAGUUUAUGAUGAUAAUUCGCUAUUCAUUUAUACCUUUCAAGCUUAGCCUAUUUGGUCAAGCUUAAAAAGUGAUUGUAGAUAGCUUCCUCCUUUGUUUUGGUUUAUUAUAAGGAUUAAUAUUACUGGGGUUACAUUUAGAUGU